AUGGCGACUGCCCAGCAAGCGAGCGAGCUCAAGCAGCAGGGCGCAAUUGAUGCCGCCCGCGAUCCCAACUCCUCCGUCACUGCCGACGAUGCUCAGAAAAAGCUUGUUGAGGAGAGCAAGAAUGCUGGUGUGGCUGCUUAUACCUUUGAUCCCGACGCUAGUCCCGAGGAAAAACGAGCUCAGGCGAAAGCUAACCUUGCAAACGAUCCACGGGGUCCCAGGAAGCCGAAAGGAGUAGCCCUCGUGACCGAUGUUGAUGACGGUACUAAGGUUGCCUAUGAUCUCCCAGACCCUUCCAAGGCUGGCGUUGUGGAAAUCGCCAAGGAUGAGAGUGGCCAGCCGAUCAAAGAGCCGGGCUCAACAGAAGAGGACAUAGCAGCGAAGGUUGGUUGGGAACAGCGCUUUGGCUGGCCUGUUGACAGCGUCCUUUCCGGCGACAGUAUGCUUGACCACACAACUUGGUUAGAGGGCAAGAUCCCCGAUACCAUGUUUGGCGACUGGUAUCAUAAUGCGGCUGUCAUAGUAUUCGCUUGUCUUUCCUCCUGGCUUGUCGCUGUACUUGGUGGUGGUUUGGGGUGGAUCAUCAUCAUUAUGGUUGCUUGCUCAACGUACUAUCGCACCUCGACCAGACGCGUUCGACGAAAUUUUCGGGAUGAUGUCGUCCGCGAGAUGGCAUUGAAAAAACUGGACACCGACCAAGAAUCUCUGGAGUGGAUAAAUUCUUUCUUAGUUAAAUUUUGGCCGAUCUACCAGCCAGUUCUAGCUCAAACAGUCAUCAAUGCGGUGGACCAAGUCCUGAGCUCUGCCACACCAGCCUUUCUUGAUAGCCUAAAGCUCAAGACGUUCACCCUCGGAUCGAAGCCUCCAAGAAUGGAUCAUGUGAAAACAUAUCCGAAGGCUGAGGACGAUACUGUUGUUAUGGAUUGGAAAUUCAGUUUCACGCCCAACGAUACAGCUGACAUGACAUCGCGCCAAAUUAAGAACAAAAUCAACCCCAAGGUUGUUCUGGAGAUCCGGCUUGGCAAGGCCAUGAUUAGUAAAGGCCUGGACGUUAUUGUUGAAGACAUGGCUUUCUCAGGCAUCAUGCGACUCAAAAUCAAGUUGCAGUUUCCUUUCCCUCACAUUGAGAGAGUCGAAAUGUGCUUCCUGGAACGUCCUACUAUCGACUAUGUUUGCAAGCCUUUAGGCGGUGAUACGUUUGGCUUCGAUAUCAACUUCAUUCCCGGAUUGGAAAGGUUCAUCCAGGAGCAAAUUCAUGGCAACCUAGCCCCUAUGAUGUACGCACCAAAUGUUUUCCCGAUAGAGGUUGCUAAACUGCUUGCUGGUUCUCCCGUUGAUCAGGCGAUCGGUGUCGUUGCCGUAACGCUCCAUGGAGCACAUGGUCUCAAGAACCCAGACAAGUUUUCUGGUAAUACCGAUCCAUACGCUGUUCUUACUUUGAACAAACGUUCCCCCUUGGCUCGGACAAAGACAAUCAGAGACACUUCUGACCCACGUUGGAACGAAACUCACUAUGUCAUCAUCACCUCAUUCAACGAUUCCCUAGAUAUCAUGCUAUAUGACUACAAUGAUAUUCGUAAAGAUAAGGAACUUGGUGUGGGUUCCUUCCCAUUGGAACGGCUGGAAGAGCUUGAAUCUUAUGAAAAUGAACGACUGGAAGUGAUCGCCAAUGGUAAAGCCCGAGGAAUGCUCAAUGUUGACAUUCGUUUCUUCCCAGUUCUCGAGGAAACCAAAUUACCAGAUGGCACGGUGGAGCCUCCUCCAGAGACAAACACUGGUAUCUUGCGGUAUAGUGUUGAGCAAGCGAAAGACCUUGAUGGCACGAAGAGUCUCGUUGGGCUUCUUAAUCCUUAUGCUGUUUUGCUCCUGAACAGCAAAGAAGUUCAUCACACGAAGAAACUUAAACGCACCAAUAACCCCAUUUGGGACGAUGGAUCGAAAGAAAUUCUGAUUACUGACCGCAAGCAUGCUAAGCUGGGUUUGGCUAUCAAAGAUGAUCGUGAUAUUGCGGGAGAUCAGAUUGUCGGCACAUACCAGAUCAAACUAGACGACAUGCUUGAGAUGAUGCAGAAGGGUAAUGAAUGGUACAAUCUGUCCGGCGUUCACACUGGCCGAGCGAAGAUCACAGCACAAUGGAAACCCGUUGCAAUCCCAGGCGUGCUGUCAAGCUCCAAAGGCUAUCAAACACCUGUUGGUGUUAUGCGACUUCAUUUCAAGAGUGCUCAUGGCCUUCGCAACUUUGAAACGAUGGGCAAAUCUGACCCUUACGUUCGCGUACUUCUUUCUGGCAUUGAGAAAGGUCGAACCGUGACCCAUCGUAACACCCUAGACCCUGAGUGGGACGAGGUCAUAUACGUACCCAUGCAUUCAUCCCGUGACAGACUAACUCUGGAUGUCAUGGACUCUGAAAAGAUGGGCAAAGACCGAAGCUUGGGCCUACUAGAAGUAUUCGCUGGUGAUUACAUGAAGCAGGAUGAGAAUGGCGAGUGGUUGGUGAACGACGAAAAGAAGACACAAAGAGGAGGCCUGCGCCUACAUGGCAAGGGCAUCGCGAAAGGAGAGCUUGAAUAUACUGUUUCGUUCUUCCCAUGCCUAAACGUUGCCGACCCUGAAGAGGAACAGGCUGAGGAAGAAGACGAACUUGCUGCUGGCGCCCCUAAGGCAUCACUUGAUGUCCCACGGUCGUCAGAAGCCGGGAAAAUCUCCUCGCUCGAGCGAAAAGACACCAAUCAAGUACCGACUACACCGACAUCGCCCGUUGUGCCCUUAUCACCUGCUUCUACCAAUGGCAGAAAAUCUCGGGACCUGUCGAGAGAGCCACCAAAGAUUCAUCUUAGCCCCGAAGAAUUACUCAAGUAUGAGUCUGGUUUCUUGAUAUUCAAUAUCAUCGAGGGCGAAAUGCCCAAGACUGGAACUCACAUCGAAAUAUAUGUGGAUGACUUGCCUUAUCCGUCAUAUGCAUCCGGCACCGCAAAAUCCCAUCAUCACAAGUUUGACGAAAUAGGAGAUUGUUUCAUCCGCGAACUGGAAUUCUCCAAUAUCACUCUGAGAGUUUGUGAGAAACGUGAGAAACCGGGCGAGGAGCGCGACGAGGACCACACCGUAGCUCGGUUGGCUGGCAACACGCUAGAGACCCUAAAACAAUGUCUCAACAACCCCACUGUCUUGCGGCUCAAGGAUGAGGAAAAUCGCACUGCGACUAUCAAAGUUAGCUUGAAAUAUGUCCCCGUUAAGAUGCAUCUAGACCCCAGCGAGAGCAUCAAUAACUCGGGACGACUUCGUGUUGACGUCCUAGACGGUGCUGAUCUCCCGGCCGCAGACAAGAAUGGAAAGAGCGACCCGUAUUGCAAGUUUGACCUGAAUGGCAUGGAAGUGUUCAAAUCGAAGACUCAGAAGAAGACCCUUAAUCCAGUUUGGAACGAAUAUUUCGAAGUCGAUAUCCCCUCUCGCACAGCUGCCAAGUUCCAGUGCAAAGUGUACGAUUACGAUUUCGCGGAUAAGCCUGACUUUUUAGGAGCGGCAUUCAUUAAUCUCGAGCAACUUGAUCCGUUCCAAGGCCAAGAGGUGAAGCUUCUAUUAGAUGGAAAGUCCGGGUCCAUCAGAUUACGGCUUCUCUUCCGGCCUGGCUACAUCACACGCUCCAGAUUGGGUACCGGUACCUUCUCAGGCACCUUUGGCGCUCCUGCCAAGAUUGUUACUGGCGUCGUGGGUGCGCCGGUCAGGGGUGGAGCGGCUGUUGCUGGCGUUGUCGGGCACGGUGUUGGUAAGGGUGCUAGUUUUAUCAAGCGGGGAUUCACCUCCCUAGGUAGAAAGGACGAUGAUGACACAGACUCAAGCGCGUCUCCCGUUAAAGCUGAGAUUCCGAUGAUUGUCACAAAUGACGCAGAUUCACCAGCACGGAGUUCCGGUAUCAAGCGCUCAGGUGCUAUCAACCUUGACGGAGAAACCGUCCCACCACCGUUAUCUAAUGGGUCGAAGACGCAUGGUCGAACGGCUAGCAUGGGUGCUUCUUCAGUCCAUAGCUUGGCCCCUGGAAGCCCUGGCCAAGGCACAGCUACAUUCACAAUUGUUUCUGCCUCUGGAUAUCCACCUUCAUCCGACGUAUAUGUUCUCAUUAAGCAGUUGACGCCAAAAGAAAAAGUCAUAGCGAAGACGAAGCACCACGAGACACCUGGCACUCGUCGAUUCGAUGAGACCUUCAAAUACAAGUGUACACCGGAUACCCAAUUCCGCAUCGAAGUAAAAGACCAUCAUACUUUUGGCAGCGAUGAUGAUCUUGGCGAAGCUCUGUACUUCGUGGACGAGAGUGGCACCGGUGAGAAGGAAAUUAACGUAGGAAGUGGUACCGUUAUAUUGAAGAGCACUUUUGAGGCCCAGGAAUCGGCACGCCCAGGGACUUCGGGGGGCGGUAUAAGGCGGAGUUUCCUAAGCAAGAGGGAGCCUAGACCUAGUCGAGAAAGUACACCAAGCAUCUAG